ACCCUAUUAUUGUCACUAUCUUCACUUCGUCUUCCUUCUUCCAAAAAACACAAAAUCACAGUAGUAGCAGCUGUAGCCAUGUACAGAUCAAAGGCAAUCCUGUCAUCUCUUAGAAACGCUUACUCACAGAUCUCCACUCGAUCGUAUCUAAGCCGAGCUCAGGUGGGUGUUUCCUCAAACUCGUCUUCGCCUCUCGAUUCAUUUGCAAUCCCUAGUCGAUUUCAGUGGCAAUAUCGCACCUUUACUUCGAAACCAGAUUCUAUGCUUCAGUUAGUGAUGGAGAAUGAUUGGUCUAAGGAAGUAGAGGAAGGGUUGAGGAAACCAGAUAUGUCUCUAACCCACGAGACUGCAAUUUACGUUUUGAGGAAAUUGGAGAAGAGCCCAGAUAAAGCUUAUUGCUUUAUCGAUUGGGUUUUAAGAGACUCAGGGCUUAGUCCAAGUUCUCCACUUUAUAGCAUUAUGUUGAGGAUUUUAGCGCAGCAGAGAUCUAUGAAACGGUUUUGGAUGACUCUGAGUGAGAUGAAACAAGGAGGGUUUUAUUUAGACGAGGAUACGUAUAAGACUGUUUACAGUGAGCUUAAUAAGGCGGAAUCAAAAGCAGAUGCUGUCGCUGUUGCUCAUUUCUAUGAGAGGAUGCUUAAGGAUAACGCAAUGUAUGUUGUUGCAAAGAAUGUUUCUGCUGCUGUUUUGAAGGUGGAUUGGGGUUGUGAGGUUGAGAGGGAAUUGCAGGAGAUGAAACUUGUCUUGUCGGAUAAUUUUGUUAUUAGGGUGUUGAAGGAGCUAAGGGAUCAUCCCUUGAAAGCUUUGGCUUUUUUCCAUUGGGUUGGUGGUAGUUCUUCUGGUUAUCAACAUAGUACCGUUAGUUAUAACGCGGCAUUGAGGGUUUUGGCUAGGCCUAACUCAGUUACGGAGUUUUGGAGUGUUGUUGAUGAAAUGAAGACCGCGGGGCAUGAGAUGGAUCUUGACACUUAUAUAAAGGUUUCAAGACAGUUUCAGAAAUCUAGAAUGAUGACUGAGGCAGUUAAGCUUUAUGAAUUUAUGAUGGAUGGUCCGUUCAAGCCAUCUAUUCAAGAUUGUAGUCUUCUGUUGAGGUCUUUAUCGGCUGGUCCCAACCCGGAUUUGGAUUUGGUUUUUCGUGUUUCGAGGAAAUAUGAAUCAACUGGGAGUUGUCUCUCAAAGGCUGUUUAUGAUGGAAUCCACAGGUCUUUAACCAGUGUGGGUAGGUUUGACGAAGCUGAGGAAAUUGUGAAGGCUAUGAGAAAUAAGAGUUAUGAGCCGGAUAACAUCACAUACAGCCAACUCGUAUUUGGGCUUUGUAAAGCUAAGAGAUUAGAAGAAGCACGAGGAGUCGUAGAUCAAAUGGAAGCACAAGGAUGCUAUCCGGACAUUAAAACUUGGACUAUUCUGAUCCAAGGGCACUGCAAAAACAAUGAACUGGAUAAGGCCUUCGCGUGUUUUGCCAAUAUGUUAGAGAAAGGGUUUGAUAUUGACUCUGAUCUGCUUGAUGUCUUGAUAGAUGGGUUUCUUAGCCAAGACAGGAUAGACGGGGCGUAUAAAUUCCUUAUGGAGAUGGUGAAAAAUGCUAAUGUAAGGCCUUGGCAAAGCACUUACAAGACUCUUAUAGACAAGCUGCUAGAAAUCAAGAAGGGCGAAGAAGCGCUAGAUCUUCUUCAGAUGAUGAAGAAGCAAAAUUACCCUGCAUAUGCAGAAGCUUUUGAUGGAUACCUUGCAAAGUUUGGGACUUUGGAAGACGCUAAGAAGUUCUUGGAUGUGCUAAGCUCCAAGGAUUCUCCUUCCUUUGCAGCUUACUUUCAUGUCAUUGAAGCUUUCUAUCGAGAAGGGAGACUUGCCGAUGCAAAAAAUCUUCUCUUCAUAUGUCCCCAUCACUUUAAAACACACCCUAAAAUCUCUGAACUCUUCGGUGCUGCAGCUUGAGAUAUUAUGUCACCCAAUUGUUCUGCAGAAUAUAACCGAGAGGUCUUCUACUGUUUAGAAGUCUUUCGACCUCUCUGGACUCUGGAGUAAAACUCUAACACUGUCUUCUCGAAUAAUGGCCAUUCCUCUGUUUUACGUGCUGCAGGGUAAUGAAGAACCAGUUUAUAGUAAGCUGAAUUUGUUGUAGGCUUUGUUGAUGGAAUUGAAGGAUGUUGUGGAAUUGUUCAUAAACAGUUUGCAUUUAUUUAUUUAUUUUGCAAUUGUUGAGUUCCUCUCUCACUUUCUUGUUUUCUUCAACUCAUUAUUAAAUGAAAUUUUUAUCAGAGGAUGCAGUUAUGGAUA